GUCAGCUUAUUUUUAGCCAGACUAUCAAAGUAUUUUCAACUGGACUGUCACUGCACUUGAACUUGGAAUCUUGUAACCUGAGGAACUGCACUGGAGACAAGAAGACACCUCUAACAAAUGGGAAAUUAUAAAUCUAGACCAACCCAAACUUGCACUGAUGAAUGGAAGAAGAAAGUCAGUGAAUCUUAUGUUAUUAUAGUAGAAAGAUUAGAAGAUGACCUUCAAGUCGAAGAAAAAGAACUUGCAGAACUAAGGCACAUAUUUAGCUCCGAUGAUGCCUUCAGUAAAGUCAACUUAAAUUACCGCACAGAAAAUGGGCUGUCUCUACUUCAUUUAUGCUGCAUUUGUGGAGGCAACAAGUCACAUAUUAGAACCCUUAUGUUAAAAGGGCUUCGUCCAUCUCGACUGACAAGAAAUGGAUUUACAGCCUUGCACUUGGCAGUUUACAAGGACAGUGCAGAAUUGAUCACUUCCCUGCUUCACAGUGGAGCUGACAUACAGCAGGUUGGGUAUGGUGGCCUCACUGCCCUACAUAUUGCUACAAUUGCUGGUCACCUGGAGGUUGCUGAUGUCCUGCUGCAACAUGGCGCAAAUGUCAAUGUUCAAGAUGCAGUUUUUUUCACUCCAUUGCACAUUGCAGCAUACUAUGGACAUGAACAGGUAACCCGCCUUCUUUUGAAAUUUGGUGCUGAUGUAAAUGUAAGUGGUGAAGUUGGAGAUAGGCCCCUCCACCUUGCAUCUGCAAAAGGAUUCUUUAAUAUUGCAAAACUCUUGAUAGAAGAAGGCAGCAAAGCAGAUGUGAAUGCUCAGGACAAUGAAGACCAUGUCCCACUGCACUUCUGUUCUCGUUUUGGACACAAUGACAUAGUGAAGUACCUGCUCCAGAGCGAUAUCGAGGUUCAGCCGCACGUUGUUAAUAUCUAUGGCGAUACCCCUUUGCACCUGGCAUGCUACAAUGGCAAAUUUGAAGUCGCCAAGGAAAUCAUCCAAAUAUCGGGGAUAGAAAGUCUGACUAAAGAAAACAUCUUCAGUGAAACACCUUUUCACAGUGCUUGUACCUAUGGUAAGAGCAUUGACCUGGUUAAAUUUCUUCUUGACCAGAAUGUUAUAAGCAUCAACCACCAAGGAAGAGAUGGGCACACAGGAUUGCACUCUGCUUGCUACCACGGUCACAUUCGCCUGGUUCAGUUCUUACUGGAUAAUGGAGCUGAUAUGAAUCUGGUAGCUUGUGAUCCCAGCAGGUCUAGUGGUGAAAAAGAUGAGCAGACCUGUUUGAUGUGGGCUUAUGAAAAAGGACAUGAUCCGAUUGUCACACUCCUGAAGCAUUAUAAGAGACCGCAGGAUGAAUUGCCCUGUAAUGAAUAUUCUCAGCCUGGAGGAGAUGGCUCCUAUGUGUCUCUUCCAUCUCCCUUGGGGAAGAUUAAAAGCAUGACAAAAGAGAAGGCAGAUGUCCUCCUCCUAAGGGCUGGAUUACCCUCACAUUUCCAUCUUCAACUCUCAGAAAUUGAGUUCCAUGAGAUUAUCGGCUCAGGUUCUUUUGGGAAAGUAUAUAAAGGACGGUGCAGAAAUAAAAUAGUGGCUAUAAAACGUUACCGAGCCAACACCUACUGCUCCAAAUCAGACGUGGAUAUGUUUUGCCGAGAGGUAUCCAUUCUCUGCCGGCUCAAUCAUCCAUGUGUAAUUCAAUUUGUGGGUGCUUGCUUGAAUGAUCCCAGCCAGUUCGCCAUUGUCACCCAGUACAUAUCAGGGGGUUCUCUAUUCUCCCUCCUUCACGAACAGAAGAGGAUUCUUGAUUUGCAGUCUAAAUUAAUUAUUGCAGUAGAUGUUGCCAAAGGUAUGGAGUACCUUCACAACCUGACACAGCCAAUUAUACACCGUGACUUAAACAGUCACAAUAUUCUUCUCUGUGAGGACGGGCAUGCAGUGGUGGCAGAUUUUGGAGAAUCAAGAUUUCUACAGUCUCUGGAUGAAGACAACAUGACAAAACAACCUGGGAACCUCCGCUGGAUGGCCCCUGAGGUGUUCACGCAGUGCACACGUUAUACCAUCAAAGCUGAUGUCUUCAGCUAUGCUCUGUGUCUCUGGGAACUUCUCACUGGUGAAAUCCCAUUUGCUCAUCUCAAGCCAGCGGCUGCCGCAGCAGACAUGGCUUACCACCAUAUCAGACCUCCCAUUGGCUAUUCCAUUCCCAAGCCUAUAUCAUCUCUGCUGAUGCGAGGGUGGAAUGCAUGUCCUGAAGGAAGACCCGAAUUUUCUGAAGUUGUUACCAAGUUAGAAGAGUGUCUCUGCAACAUUGAGCUGAUGUCUCCCGCAUCAAGUAACAGCAGUGGGUCUCUGUCACCUUCCUCUUCUUCUGACUGCCUGGUGAGCCGUGGAGGGCCUGGCCGGAGCCAUGUGGCAGCUUUACGAAGUCGUUUUGAGUUGGAAUAUGCUCUAAAUGCAAGGUCCUAUGCUGCCUGGUCCCAAAGUGCUGGACAGUGUUCUUCUCAAGGCCUGUCUUUGGAGGAGACGAAGAGGGGUCUUCAAUUAUCACCCAUUGACAAAUAUGGCUACGUGUCCGAUCCCAUGAGCCCGAUGCAUUUCCAUUCUGGCCGGAAUAGUGGCAGCUUUGAGGACAGCGGCUGACAGCGUUCCGCAUAUACCUAAGGAGAGAUUUCCCCCAAACUGACAGCAACAAUUCCUACCGUGGCAGGCUUGCUUCCAAUUAUAAUAUUUUACCCUCUAAGGUCUCCUUAAAUUGGCUUGUUUAUACUGGUCCUCUUUAAUUCCCUACCACAAGUUGGGCUUUGGAUUUAUGGUUAAGGAAUGAAAUGCAAAGGAACCAAGACAGAAUGUAUGUAAAAAAUUUGUUUGAAUUUUGUAACUGAAAGAGCAAAUUUAUAUCAUUACUUGGAGAUGGGGCCUAAGACUAUGGUGGGCACUUCACAAUGAUUAUGUUUUCCUAGACUGAAUUAUGUGGACUUGCAUUUGAGAGCCACGGCUUUGAUUUUGUAGAAUAUUGUUCGUUUUCUUCUCUCAUUAAGUUACCUCUAGUGUUCAGCUCUGUGAUUAAAGUUCUUUGUUGGCAUCCAAAAUGGAUUCAGAAGUGUACUGA